AUGGCGAAUCAACUAUUAGCUCAGAGGCAAAAACUUAACCUCUACUGGGGCAAAAUUCUGGACUAUUUUCAGUCCUCUUUAUUCAAAGUGGAUGCAAUUGAUCCCGCGCUUAGAAGGUCUGGGCGUUUUGACACAGAGAUUGAAGUCAUAACACCUAGUGAAGCUGAACGCUUUCAAAUUCUCAAGCUCUACAUAAAGAGGCUUUCUUUGGAUCCCGAUGUCAACUUGCAAUCCUUGGCUGCUGCGUGCAAUGGUUAUGUUGGAGCAGAUUUAGAAGCUUUGUGUCGUGAGGCUGCUCUUUCUGCACUUAGAAAAUCUUCAGAUGGAGAUCUUGGAGGCAAAAUAUGUAACAUAACAGUGGAUGAUUUUAAACAUGCUAGGUCAAUUGUUGGGCCGAGUAUAACAAGAGGUGUUACAGUUGAAAUCCCAAAGGUUUCUUGGGAAGACAUUGGGGGUCAAUAUGAGUUAAAGAAAAAGCUUCAGCAAGCUGUUGAGUGGCCCUUGAAACACUCUUCAACUUUUUCACGGCUCGGGGUGUCCCCUAUUCAAGGAAUCCUUCUUCAUGGACCUCCAGGCUGUUCGAAAACAACACUUGCUAAAGCUGCUGGUCAUGCAGCCCAAGCAUCUUUCUUUUCAUUGAGUGGUGCAGAACUCUUUUCUAUGUAUGUUGGUGAAGGCGAAGCUUUGUUGCGUAAUACAUUUCGGAGGGCUCGUCUUGCAGCUCCUAGUAUAAUUUUUUUCGACGAGGCUGAUGUUGUUGCUGCAAGACGAGGAGGAAGUUCAAGUGGCAGCACUACAGUGGGUGAGAGACUUUUAUCUACUCUACUAACAGAAAUGGAUGGUUUAGAGGAGGCAAAAGGCAUUCUUGUUUGGGCUGCUACAAACCGUCCUCAUGCAAUUGAUGCUGCACUUAUGCGACCUGGACGCUUUGAUCUAGUGCUUUAUGUCCCACCACCUGAUCUGGAAGCUCGAUAUGAAAUUCUUCGAGUUCAUACACGUGGUAUGAAAGUGGAUCCUGAUGUUGAUUUGAGACAGAUAGCAGCAGAUACGAAGCUCUUCACUGGGGCUGAACUGGAGGGGCUCUGCAAAGAGGCUGGAAUUGUAGCUUUGAGGGAAGAUAUAUCGGCCACUCUUGUUUGUAGUCAGCAUUUCCAAACAGUCAGGAAUUCCCUAAAACUAGCUCUUACAAGAGAGGAUAUCAAUUUUUAUUCCUCAUUCAUGAAAAAUCCGUUGUUGAGGUCUUCUGCUCCAUCUAAACCCAGGUCCAACCAUAGAGUCAAGGAGACCAAGAAACUUUUCAUUUUGACGAUACCCAUUACGCUUGGUGUCAUUGGUUUUAUGUUGUAUGGUGGGAUUAAAUAUUUUUUGACAUCUCCAGACAGAGUACCGAAAGUUUUAGCCAGUACAUGAUGGAUGAGUCACAUUUCACUAUAAUUGCAUCAAAGAUGAUUGUACUUGCUGGUCUCUUAUGCUGAGCAAUAUAGUAUUGAACACUCUGGAGACUAAAGACGAUUGUACUGGCUAGUCUCGAGCACUUGCCAUUUUUUGGAGUUGGGGGGGCCUGACUUUUGUAUGAAGACUGUUGAAGAACUAGAAUCUGAUUACCAGGCUUAAACCAAGGAGUUUGUAUCCGUUGUCUCAUCUCCUGUCCCCAGCUCCCAAGUCUUGUCUUCUGCUUUUAGUUUGCAAUGAUGCACAGUUAAUGUUAAGGGCACUUUGUCAGCAGGAAACGCUUGGGCUGCCAAAGGAUGCAUUUGAAGCGGAUUCGUAACAUGUAUGAGAGUUGAAAUUAUAUUACAGCAAAUUCUUUUAAUCAGACUGAUGAAUGUUGUAGUUUUCUUUCCUUUUAGUUCCCUUCCAAAGAUUGUUAGCUUACUCAUUAUUAUUAUUACUAUUAUUUUGGUCAAAACGGCAACCUGUA